AUGGGUACAGGACUCCUCGUCGCUGUCGACCCUGAGGCUAUCCUCCGAGACGAGAUCAAGGGCCUGACCCUGCAGCAGGUGUCAUAUCUCGGACAUUGUCUCGUUCAGGUCACGCCAGAAAACUUCCACUCGAGCCUCGCCUUCCUCAGCCAGAACUUCGCCAAGCUUGAUAUAUACCUUGAUGUUAGGAAGCUGAAGAGCUGGGACAAUGUGGUUGACGUGCUUAACAACGGGGCGUCCAAAAUAUUUGUCACCUUUGAGCAGUUGAAGGUGCUGGCGCAGGAGCCGACCAUUUCACCCGAUCGUCUGGUUUUGACAAUUUCACUUGUCAGUCCAAAGACCGAUAUUGCGAAACUCAAAGCGUUCCUUCAGGACAAUCCCAAGUGGAAAACUUCGGAGUGGGCAUUUGACGGCGACAAGGGCAACGAGCUUGUUGAUACCGUCUUGAAAGAAUUGGACAAUUAUCCCCCAAGUCAGGAUCAAUCGAUAUACAUCGCAGUAGCGAGCGAAACUGAUGGAAGGAAUCUACUCCAUGAGUAUCCUGGCAAUGCGCUCAUUGUUUCGUCCACCAACUUAACGUUCGAUCCAUCUCUGCCAUCUGGCAAGGAUCUAUUACCGGCUGCGGAGUUGAUCGUCGCGGGUGCUACUCCAGAUCGGAAGACGGGCCUCUAUGCGACCACGGUAGUGGAUGAGCGUGGGGUCGCCCUGGGACUGGUAUGGAGCAGCAACGAAAGCAUUGCCGAGGCUCUAAAGACCGGCACAGGCGUGUAUCAGAGUCGGAAGCGAGGACUCUGGCAUAAAGGAGCCUCGAGUGGUGACACCCAAGAACUCAUCAGCAUCGGUUUCGACUGUGACAAAGACUGCUUGAUUUUUAGAGCCCAUCAGAAAGGCCGGGGCUUUUGCCAUCUCGGAACAAUGUCAUGUUGGGGUAGAGUUUCAGGUCUUUCAAGGUUGCAGAGAACUCUGCAAGACCGCAAGGUCGAUGCCCCUGCAGGUUCAUAUACUGCUCGCCUCUUCAAUGAUCCCAAACUUGUCAAUGCAAAGAUUAAGGAGGAGGCAGACGAGCUUUGUGCAGCAAGCUCAAAAGAGGAGAUCGCCUCCGAGGCAGCCGACCUGCUUUACUUCGCCCUAGCUCGGUGCAUAGCAGCCGAUGUGACCCUCGAAGACAUUGAGAGAAACCUCGAUCUGAAAAGCCUGAAAGUCAAGCGUCGGAAAGGCGAUGCGAAACCACAAUAUGUCGAAGAGAAGCCUGUAAGUGAACAAGGGUCCGCACAGCCCGAGAGCAAUGGAGCCAAUGGCCACCAAGACGAAGAUGUCAAAGAAGCCGCAUCUGUGCCUAAAGCUCCCUCAGAUACCGCCGGCCAAAAUGACUCGCGUCGGAUACAGAUGACGCGUUAUUCCACCUCACAAGCCUUCUCAGAGGAUGUGUUAAAGGCAGCUUUACAACGACCUUCACAGAAGUCAAACGAGAAGAUCAUGUCCCUCGUUCAACCUAUAAUUGCCGAUGUCCGAUCGAAGGGUGACUCGGCAGUCCUGAAGUACACGCACAAGUUUGAACGGGCCACGAGUCUAAAGUCACCAGUAUUAAAAGCACCAUUCCCUGAAUCUCUCAUGCGACUACCUGAAGAAACCAUCAAGGCAAUCAAUGUCUCAUACGAUAACAUCCUGAAAUUCCAUUCUGCCCAGAAGCCGUCGGCGCCUUUAACCGUGGAGACCAUGCCUGGCGUGACAUGUUCUCGGUUCUCAAGACCGAUCGAGAAAGUCGGUCUCUACAUUCCCGGAGGCACCGCGGUCUUGCCGUCAACGGCACUCAUGCUAGGAGUACCCGCGAUGGCUGCGGGAUGCAAGAAUAUUGUACUCGCGUCACCCCCACGAUCGGAUGGUACAGUCACGCCAGAGAUCGUGUACAUCGCGCACAAAGUCGGAGCAGAAGCCAUAGUGCUUGCAGGUGGCGCCCAAGCUGUUGCGGCGAUGGCUUACGGCACCGAAUCUAUCACCAAGGUGGACAAGAUCUUGGGCCCCGGAAAUCAAUUCGUGACAGCUGCAAAGAUGAUAGUGAGCAACGAUACCUCCGCCUCGGUCUCAAUCGACAUGCCGGCUGGUCCUUCGGAAGUGCUCGUCAUCGCAGACCAUACUGCCGACCCUGCCUUUGUGGCGAGCGAUCUUCUCAGUCAAGCUGAGCAUGGAACAGACAGCCAGGUCGUCUUGAUCGCAAUCGAUCUUGAUGAGAAGCAACUCCAAACGAUCGAGGAUGAAGUGCACAAACAAGCAUACGAGCUUCCUCGUGUCGACAUUGUCCGAGGCGCAAUCGAGCACAGCGUAACUAUCUCCGUUGGCUCUCUCAAAGAGGCACUCAAAUGGUCGAAUUACUACGCUCCAGAGCAUCUCAUCCUGCAAAUUGCAGAUCCUCGAGCCGCUUUGCCAGACAUUCAGAAUGCAGGCUCUGUGUUCCUUGGCGGCUGGACACCAGAGUCGGUUGGCGACUACUCUGCAGGUGUUAAUCAUAGCUUACCGACGUACGGCUAUGCGAGACAGUACAGUGGCGUCAAUCUUGGGAGCUUCAUGAAGCAUAUCACCAGCAGUGAAGUUACCGAACAGGGCGUCGGUGAAGUGGGUUAUGCUGUUAUGGAGCUCGCUAGAUGCGAAGGACUUGAUGCUCAUCGACGGGCUAUGGAGCUUCGUCUAGAGAAACUCGGACUCGUCCCAAGAAAAUCCGUGCAAAAGCAGGACCCCUCAUCGCCGGAGAGUGAAAAACAUGUGUCAGCGACAUGGGUCGAUGGGAAUGAAAGCCUUACAGCUCCAGCAGCUCCCUGA